UGACUUGUGACGCCUGCUUGAGGCGCAUGCGUACUAGGCUCCACGCUUCCCGGCGGCGCCAUUACUGAGUUGGUUGGGUUCGGCGUGUAGUUCGGAGCUACGCCUUCUGUAUAUUCCCGGUAAUGUGACUGAGGAAAAGCAUUUCAUGAGGCUAAAGAAUGUCAGUAAAGGUCCGAUUACAAGGUCUUCCACCACUGGCAGACUCCAUUCACAUUCGAAGGUUCUUUAAUGGACUGAAGAUUCCAUCUGGAGGUGUUACUAUUAUUGGUGGGGUGAAAGGCGAGGCAUUUGUUAAAUUUCAAAACUUUCAAGACGCAGACCGUGCCCUCGCAAGGUCAGGGAGACCUCUAAUGAAUUCAUGUGUUCAAGUUUUUCUUGAUAGCAGUGCCUAUAAACGCUACCUUAGACCUGUGGAAAAGCCUGGGUAUGUACGCAUAUCAUUUCAGCCAUUUGAUUCUUCAUUUUCUGAUGUGAAAAGGUUUUUCAAAUAUAUUUCUGUCAAAAGUGUCAUUUUUUUAACUAAAAACAAAGUAAGGAAUGGCCAGGCUCUUGUUAAAUUUGCUAACCGUAGCCAUGCAUGUGAAGCUCUCUUUUGCACAUUGUCUAAUGGUGAAGGUGCCAAUAAACACAAGCAUGAAAAGUGUUUUUCUGUCAUAUCGGUUAAGAAAUCUGAUGAAGCAGAAUGGAUCAAAUUUGGCGGCAGAGUUGAUUCAAGGGGAAAAGGUUCAAAGGAUUGGUCUUGCAGCACAUCAGAACCACCCUAUGAUACAUUGUAUAUCCAUGAGUUUUAUGCCCACCUAAUGAAUGUUAGUCGCCAUGCUGAGAAACGGCACAUAAUGAAGUUUUUAUUUAAUCUUGUUGAUGAUUCUCAGAUCACGUUUGUGUAUAACAAAUAUGGCUGUAGGACACGAGACUGUUUUGUAAUGUUUGUAACGGACAAUGAUUACACAAGAGCCCUUGGUUUAGAUAAAUCAGUCUUUAAAGGGCGCCCUGUUCGAGUUUUGCCUGUACCUAAGGAAAAAAUGAUGGAAUUUGUUGAAAGCAGAAAAAUGGACAUUACAGAAGAUCCCGUUUCGGAGGAAGAUUUUGUUUCAGAGGAGGACUCCCCUAGUCCAAGUAGUUCGGGAUACAAACUGACAUGCGUCUAUCUUAGAAACUUUGCAGCUGAUGUAACCAAACGUGACAUAAUAAACUUUUUUGCAGGUUUUGCUUUAAAUGAAGAAGACAUCUAUCUCUUAUAUGAUGACAAUAGGAAUGGGCUUGGUGAAGCAUUGGUUAAAUUUUCAAGUGAGGAGGAAGCUGCUGCUGCUGAUGAAACUCUAAAUCAUAAACUCUUCCAAGGCACUGAAAUCCUGCUGAGAUGCAUUCCUGAGGAACAACUGAAAGUAUUUGGUGUUAAUAAUUGUGGAUGUUCCUCUUUUGACAGUCUGGAUUUUUCUAGCAGCAAGGAGGAAUGCCAGCUAGAAGAGUUGCAGGCAUGUGUCAGCAUUGCAGAUGACCCUCCUGAUGUCACAUGUGAUUCCUCGUAGACUUGGGGCUCACCAUGUUAAUGACUGUAUUCUGACUGUGUAAAUUCAUGGGAUGCCACUGCGACAAUCGAUCUUUGCAGGAUAUGCGAUGAGGGCAUGCUCGCAGAGACUGAAACAACUGUGAAAAUGACAAAUUCAGUAUCAUAUUAAUGGCAAAAAAGUAUUGGGAACUUUUCAUUUGUACAGCAAAUAAGCGAAUAUGUUUAUUUUGUCCUUUACUGCUGAGUUAACAAAGUAAAUUAAAGAAAUAGAGAAGUGGGGGGGUGGGGAGUAGUUAAGGGAAGACUAUAGAAUCUAGAUAAGAGGGUUACUUUUAGUAGCAGUAAUUGACCAAAAAACUUGAUUUAGAAAUAUAUCAAAGUGAAAUUUAUUUAGCACAGGUUUGUGCAAUUUGACAAAUAAUCAGAUAAAAAAUCUAAUUAGUGUUUGAAAGUUCCUGAACACAUAAAACAAGACUUACAAGACUCACUGGACUACAAAUAACGGCGCCCGUCUACGCGCGCUGAAGGUUCACACAUCAGUGACAUGCAUCAUAAAAUGGUUGCAAUUUUUUGAUGCCCCGAUCAUAGAUCAUGGGGACUAUAAUUAGGAUGGUUAUGUGUGGGGAACGGUAGAUCUCACCACAUGUAAAGUACUAUAGUAUCUAAUUGAUGCUUUACCUGGUGGGUGAACCUGUGACUAGGGAGAUGGGGGGAGGGGGGAGGUGUGGAGUAUGUGGUGUGUUGUCGGAGCUCAAAAUAAUUUUAGAACGUUUUUCAGAAAAAAAUAUAUAUAUAUUGAAUGUAUAUACAGAUUUAAAGUUGAGUUAACAAAGUAAGGUUUAAGCAGAGAUCUGCAAUUAUGAGUACCCAGCUCACUUUUUUUUUUAAUGUGUAUAUUGUGCCUUGAGUGUCAUUGGGUAGCAGAGUGCCCAAUAAAAGUCAAUGCCAGACUUAAGGGGUUGUUUAAACUGUAACCAAGUUAACAAGAAAACAACAAGUGAUGCUCGGCAAGAGUUGUCAUGGCGCAAGUUACAAAACAUUUAGGACAAAAAGGGUACACACUCUAGGGUAGGUAUAUAUCAAGCCCUGUAGCAAACUUGGGAAAUGGGGUUCAGUGAAUGAACAAAUCUUUGCUUUAUAUACUCAUGUUUUUUUUUUAAGAAAGGAGUCUAUUUUCAUCCAAUCAAAAGAAUAGUAUUGCUGCAGGUGGCAGAAAUUUCCAUCUGCAUGGUAGAUGAUAGUAUUUCACAUUAAAUAUAUUAUGGUUGUGCAAUAUGUGAAAACACAGUAAUAUAAAUGAUCCUUAUUUUCGGGUUUUAAAAAAGGCUGAGCUGGCUUCAAUUUUCUUGUUCACUUUUGUUUUGAUUUUUUUGUACUAAUAAAAGUUCUCCCGAUCCCAGCCAAGUUUUGAGCAGAGUGGGGAACUGUUUGCACCUUUAUCAGGGUUUGGUUGCUGUCUGUAAUUCUCUUGCAGAUAUCGCUCCUCACUUGUCACUGGGGGCAAUAAGUAACACAAUGCUUUUUGCAGAGUUCGAUUUUGAUAUGGUGUAAGUUUUUUUUUUUUUUUCUUUUCUUCAUCUUGUCUGGAUGACGCAUUUUUCAUUUGCUGUCGCCAGGACAGAAGAUGGGAAAAGCUCCCUAAUGUGAAUGAGACAAUAGUACAACCCUGGCAUAAAGGUUUCCAACCCUAUCCAAAACUAGAGAAAAAAAUUAUUUGGGUUUUAGUUUGAUGGAUACAGUUUUGUAUGUUUGCAUGUUCUUUAAUAUCUUCCAAAGAAAUAAACACAUCUAAUUUUUGAA